CAUACUCCCUAUCUUAUCUACCCCACACAACACUAAAACCUCCAGUAACAAACCAAAGUCUCUCAAACACAGAGAUAUUGAUCUUUGUCUGAAAGAAAAAAUGGAAGCGAAUUCUUCUAACUUCACUCUCUCCACGGUCCUCAACACAGAGGACCCAUACAGCUCCAUCAUGCUCGCCGUGGCUGCUCUCUUCGCCGUUUUCUGCUACUUCUGGAUUCAAGGAAAGGCCAAAUCCAAGAACGGGCCACCGUUGCCUCCAGGACCAUGGCCACUUCCCAUCGUGGGAAACCUCCCGUUCCUAAACUCCGACAUCCUCCACACUCAGUUCCAAGCCCUAACUCAAAAACACGGCCCUCUCAUGAAAAUCCACCUCGGCUCCAAACUCGCGAUCGUCAUCUCUUCCCCAGACAUGGCUCGCGAGGUUCUCAAGACCCACGACGUAACCUUCGCGAACCACGACCUCCCCGAAGUCGGGAAGAUCAACACUUACGGCGGAGAAGACAUCCUCUGGUCUCCUUACGGCACCCACUGGAGGAGGCUACGCAAGCUCUGCGUCAUGAAGAUGUUCACCACGCCGACUCUCGAGGCUUCUUACACCACUCGCCGCGAAGAGACACGACAGACCGUCGUUUACAUGUCGGAGAUGGCUCGCGACGGGUCUCCCGUCAACCUCGGAGAGCAGAUCUUCCUCUCCAUCUUCAACGUCGUGACGAGGAUGAUGUGGGGAGCUACCGUCGAAGGAGAAGAGAGGACGAGCUUGGGAAACGAGCUCAAAACCCUAAUCUCGGAUAUCUCCGACAUCGAAGGGAUACAAAACUACUCUGACUUCUUCCCCAUGUUCGCGAGGUUUGACUUCCAAGGACUUGUCAAGAAGAUGAAAGUCCACGUGAAGAAGCUAGAUCUUUUGUUCGAUCGUGUUAUGGAGAGUCACGUCAAGAUGGUUGGUAAGAAAAGCGAGGAAGAAGAAGAUUUCUUGCAGUAUUUGAUUAGGGUUAAAGACGACGACGAGAAAGCUCCUCUCUCGUUGACACACGUCAAGUCGCUGCUUAUGGACAUGGUUCUUGGUGGUGUGGACACGUCGGUCAACGCGUCAGAAUUCGCAAUGGCGGAGAUCGUUAGUAGACCGGAAGUUUUCGAGAAGAUCCGACAAGAGCUAGAUCAAGUUGUCGGAAAAGACAGCAUCGUCGAAGAAUCGCAUUUACCAAAGCUUCCUUAUCUACAAGCGGUUAUGAAAGAGACUCUUAGGCUUCACCCUACGCUUCCUCUUCUUGUGCCUCAUAGGAACAGCGAAACCUCUGUGGUUGCGGGGUACACUGUGCCUAAAGACUCGAAGAUAUUCAUCAACGUUUGGGCGAUUCACAGAGAUCCUAAGCAUUGGGAUGAACCAAACGAGUUUAAGCCAGAGAGGUUUUUGGAGAACUCUCUUGAUUUCAAUGGAGGUGACUUCAAGUAUUUGCCUUUUGGAUCGGGGAGGAGGAUUUGCGCGGCGAUUAACAUGGCUGAGAGGCUUGUUCUGUUCAACAUUGCGUCGCUUCUUCACUCUUUUGACUGGAAAGCUCCUAAAGGACAGAAGUUUGAGGUUGAAGAGAAGUUUGGGCUUGUUCUUAAGUUGAAGAGUCCACUUGUGGCUAUUCCUGUUCCAAGGUUGUCUGAUCCCAAACUCUACACAGCUUAAAUAACUAAGCAUGAAGGAAAGAUUGGUUCAAAGAAGUUGGUUGAUUGUUUUUAUACAAAAAAAAAUUGGUUCUUAUUUACUUUUAUUUUAUUUUGUGGUGGUAAUUUUAAAAGUUUAAAUGCUUUGUAAUAGCUGAUCAUAUAUAAUAUUUUUAGUUAUUUA